AUGGCCAAUAAAGGCACCCAUGAGCGCGAUCUACCUACCCUGGCUGCUCUCGCAGAGUUUUCCGACAAAGAACAAUGCUACACCGAACUCUCCUUCUGCGUUCCUAAUUCUCUCGCCUUUGCCAAGCGCCUCACGUGGGAGCAAACAUCCUGGAUUCCAAGUGCCAUCGACUACAAGUUUGCGAACCCAAUCAGCGCAGCUGACGCCCAUCUCAUCGCACAUCAUCUACGACACCAACUAGGUCAGACCGUUACUCCUUCAGCUAUCCGAAAUGCGCUGCUGCUCGGGAGCACAUAUGACCCCUCUGCAGAUGGGAAAAUGAGCAAAGACCUAGGCACAUACUCCCACAUCUUUGUCAUCUUUCCUCAUAUAUCUACGCACGCCGCAACAGACGAGACGUUUCUCAAAAUCUGGCACGACGACAUUGUCAAACCAGCUUUUGACCGCGCUUGGGCUGAUAGUGGUCUCGUCACUGUGUCGGGCUGUCCUCACGACUCCAGAACCAGGAUCCUACCUUCGCGCGGUAUCUCUACAACCAAUGACGCCUUGUCUUUCAUUGGCUUCCACGAACACUUCCGCAACCGCAAUUCAAACACCGUACGUACGUACUGGCCCUCGUGGCAAGAUCACUCUUCCACCCCUGACAUAGAAGGCCAAUAUACGGGUCUCCGCUCCACCACCUACGCAUCAGCUUGGACGUCAAUCAAGGGUAUGUUGAAGGAUCAUCCUCAGCUACCGCAAUAUCAAGAUCCCGUGUUGUUGGCGCUAUGUAGGGGCAGGGUAUUCGUUAAUGCGUGGUUGAAUACGCACGAUCGGUUUCGCUGCUUGGCGCAGGAGUGGGAUAAGUACGUUGAUUCAAGAUGGAUGCAACAAGGUAGUUUCAAGAUUGUGGAGGGAAUUGUGAUGGGGACUUUGGAUGAGGCGAACAAGAUGGUAGCGAAGGAUGGGGCGAGUAACAUUGUGUAUGUGGGGGAUGAUAAGGGUAAUAUCCAUGAGAGGCGCAUUGGGGAUGAGGACGGUGAGGACGAGCUUGAUGAUGACAUGGAAGGGAAUGGACAUCAGACUAAGAAGGCGAAGAUUUAG